AUUCUAAGGGUUCCUACACAAGAAUACUUGGCUAAACUGAAAAUACUGAAACCUCCGAGACGUUCUAUGUCGAUCGUGCUUUCAGUUCUAGGCCAAAGUUGAUCGGUUCCUCGUUCAGAUUCACAGAAGAACUUUCUUGAAAUCAAAUCAAAUCAAAUCGUUGUUGACUCCUGUUAAAUAAAUACUUACCAAUGUCUUUCUAGCAAGCCUAUCCGAUCUUCGUCCAUUCCAACUCAACAUGACCUCCCCAACUGAGAUUGCACUGCGUCUUCAGACUGUCAAGUAUUUUAAGAUGGUAGGGUUGGCGAUCUUGGUCUUUGACUACUGUAUCAACCUAGAAGCUGAGAUUGACCUCACUUGGGGGAGGAAGUGGGAUUUUGUUCGCAUCCUUUUUGCUGCGGCUCGAUACACGCCUUUUAUUGGCGUCCCGGUGGACUUGAUUUAUUCCCUUGGACCCACAUCGCCAAGACUUUGCUCAUCGCUCUACCAAGUCACCUCGUGGCUUAACAUAAUUGGCACCGUUGCCGCAGAAUUACUCCUGCUUGUUAGGACGUACACAUUAUGGGGAAGAAGCAGAGUGUUACUUGUUGCCCUACUACUACUUACGCUGGGCUGCAUUGCAGGAUCUGGGGUGGUCAGUGCCCACGCUGUAUCCCUGCUCAAAUACCAGGAUCCCCCACUAUCAACUUCUGGUUGUUAUCAAAGCCAAAGAAUUGCAAUAUACGCAGUCAACUAUACCAUACUGGUUCUUUUUGAGACAGUUAUACUAUGCCUCAAUAUUUUUCAAGCCUGGCUUCGCCGAGGUCAACAUGGGAGCCGUCUCAUUACGCGUCUGUACUGGGAUGGCAUUGUCUAUGUUCUGUAUAUACUAGCAAUAUCAAUAGCCAACAUCAUAGUUAUAACUCUCCUUCCGUCGGAUUAUGCAGAGUCUCUCGACACGCUCCAGUUAGUGUUUCACAGCGUCUUAUCCGCCCGCCUUAUUUUCAACUUACGAGCCAUCAUGCAACGACGACACGAGCAAGACAUCUCGGCUGUCGUAAUCGAGAUGAAUGAUCAGUUCGAACGCAAUAUUCCGCACUAAAUAUAUCAACCUAUACAAUCUGUUUCUAUCUGGUGGGUUGGCACUGUUCCCUGCAACAUCACCCCGGCAGAGCCUUUCAUAGUCUCCGCUACCAUGAACGAUAGAAAUACCUCUCUUCUGCCAUGUAUUCAAAAGUGCGAUCAUGUCAUUUGCAUUCCAAUUGUUGACAUCCAACUUGUAAGAGUCCGUAAUAGAUGCUGCUCAGAUUGGGGAACAUA